AUGGUUCUCUGCCUGCAUCAUCCACCUCCAUUUCUCCCAUCAUACUACAGAGUUGAGGGUGAGCUUGAUUAAAUCCCCCCACCCAAGUACUUGGUUGUUGUUUCCUUUACUUGCUGCGUUUCUAGUCGUACAAACUGCCGAGAUGGGUAUACUGGUGAUUGCGGCAGACCUGCAAUGCUGCCGCUGCAAGAAGAAGAUCAACGAUGUCCUGAAGUGCCUCCAAGAGGAUUACUGCAUCGAGAAGAUUGAGUACGAGCACAAGGCCAACAAGGUGAUCGUCCGCGGCAAGUUUGACGCGGAGAAGCUCCGCCAGAAGAUCUUGUGCAAGGCCUGCAAGGUCGUUCAGGAGAUCAUCAUCGUCGACGUAUGGCCGCCUCCUCGGCCAACAAAAACAUGCCUGCCGGAGCCCGAGACGCCGAAACGAGCAUGCAAGUUCGUGCCAUACCCGUGUCCGAUGCCGUACCCUAUGCAGUGCUACUUGAACUGCUCUCCGCAGCAGUGUCUCUGCUGCCCUACCCCCAUACCACCACCGCAGGAGCCAAAACCCUGCGAGUGCUCGCACUGGCAGUCACAUCACCAUGGCGGCUGCUGCUGCAGCAGCAAACCUGCGCUACCACCGCCAUGCAACUGGUUAAACCACAGAGGCUGCACCUGCAGCAGGCAGCCAAACUGGCCGCCGCCCACUUGUCCUCCCUUCUUCCCUCCGCUAUGCUGGAUCGAGGAGUGCCCGCGGGACCCCUGCUCCAUCAUGUGAUGAGAUUGAUUUAUUAUUACUACUAUAUCAACACCGCCCUUGAUUUGCUUUGGACUGUACGCUGCUACGUUAGCUACCCUACGUGCCUCGAAAAUAAGAAUAAUGCAAGUCGGUGUUACUUGUGUACCAUACCAAAAAUGUGUACGUCUACUGGUUCUGCUGUUCAGUAUACGAGCAGGAGUAUGUGUAGCUAAUUAUGCUUUGUACAUGUAAUCCUGUUUAUUUCUGUACGUAGUUUCACCAUCUGUUGUAAUUCGAUCUGCUCUAUGAUGAAUGGAUG